AUGGAAAAGACCAUCGGUGUGCUAGCGCUACAAGGAUCCUUCAACGAACACAUUGAGUGCUUGAAGAAGUGUGUGGAUGAAAAAGGCUAUAAUAUUGAAGUUUUAACCGUUAAAACUAUAGAACAGCUGCUGAAAUGUGAUUCGUUGGUUAUUCCAGGUGGAGAAUCGACCACAAUAUCCCAGAUUGCAGAAAGAACAGGGCUGUAUGAUCACCUGUAUAAAUUUGUACGAACUGAGGGUAAGUCUGUCUGGGGUACUUGUGCUGGGAUGAUUUUUUUGGCUAGAGAUGUCCGUAACCAAGCAAAUCUUUUAAAGCCUCUUGGAGCUCUUGAUGUUGCUGUGGACAGAAAUGCAUUUGGAAGGCAAUUGGACUCUUUCGUUUCUGAUUGUGAUUUCUCAUUUUGGGGAACACAGGAGGAUAGCUUUAGUGCAGUGUUUAUCAGGGCUCCCAUUGUAAGUGAGAUCUACAAUAAUGAGAGGGUACAGGUACUGCAUAAAGUUGAGAAGAACGGUCAAGAGUACAUUGUUGCAGUAAGACAAGGGAAAAUUCUAGGUACAUCAUUCCACCCAGAAUUGGGGUCUGAUAUAAGAUUUCACAAUUGGUUCAUUGAAGAAUUUGUGUUGAAAUAA